CCUCUCGCCACCCCUGCUCCCACUUGCACCAGAGCCAGAGCCCUCACAGGGUGGAGGGAGCGACAUUACCUGCCUGUGCCUGAAGACCUAGGGUGCCUGGCUACGUGGAGCUGAUGGGCAGGUUAGAGAGAAGUCUGAGCGCCAUGAAUCCAGCUUCCCCCUGCCCCAACCGUUCCCCACCCUCCCCGUUUGUUUUUUAGACCAUGCUCCGACUGUUACAUGCUCUGGCUCCUGGGAACGGCAUCAUCUCCAGAGGACCCCAGGCACGGCUCCUGGGGAAGCUUCGGGAUGCCAGCUCUAAGGGUCAGCAUCCCGGGGCGAAGGACUGUGUGCUCGGGAUGAGCGCGGGCAGGCAGCGCUGGGGAAGGGAUGGAGGUGCGGACCCAGGUGGAGCGGAGAGCGGCGGCAACACCGACCUGCCGGCUGGAGGAGGGCUCAGCUGGAAGGAGAGCGGGAGGCUCUUGGUGAGCUGGGGAAGGGGAAAGGGUUGGUGCCGGAACAGCAUCGUGCUAAGAGCUGGCGUGUCUAUUGGCGGAGGUCCCCAGCCUUGAAGCGGGUCCUAAUUGCUUGAGGCAGGCACCAAGGAAAGCUCUGGUAGGUUCAGCUGCGGCUCACCUAUUGAUAGUAAGCCAGCAGGGUGGUGCAUGUCUGCAAGAGGGUGUUGUGCACUAAAUCAGGCUGGUUUCUGGCUGCAGGCUGAGCCGCGGACUUCUGGCAGCCUGGUUUUGGCAGAGAGCUCUGAGGGGCGGUGAGGGAGAAAUGCAAAAACACGCUGGAGAGUUGGGAACCCCAGGCUGGGGACGUGGGGAGCACAGCAGGGAAGUGUCUGCCACCAGAACAGAGCCUGGGGAGAUGUUAGAGGGAAGCCUGCUUAAAACCGGGCAGCUUUCACUACAGGGGUAUUUCCAGAGAGGCGUCAGGCUGCAAGGAGCUCUGUGCUGCUCCCCGCCUCCCCACCACACCAGCUCAGGGCUCAGCCCUCUCUGUGCCACCAAAGGAGGAACCAGGCGGGCAUUUGGGCUGGCAGAAAGCUGUGCCCAGCCAUCUGGAGGGCUUGUGUCAGUGUUCCGGGGUGCAGGGCUGUGGCCAGUAGUGCUUGCUGCGGUGUUUUACAAAAUGCUGCUUGCUCCCCAGCUCAAUUUCAUAGUUUUCCCCAAUAAGAGGUGCCCUGGUGAUGCUCCAAGCCCACCCCUCACCCCGUCAGGGGACACAGCCGUCUGUACUAUGCUGUCUCGGGGCUGUGCACAGCCCUGGGAUGGAGUUCGGUGUGAACAAACCCAGCCCUGUCAAAGCAGAGGGACGCCAAGAGCAGUACCUAUCCCCUAUGCAUCCUCCUGCUCCUCCAGCCCCAGCUGGUGCCCGAAAUCAGCCCGCCGUCCUGCUGACGACAUAUGCCAGCGUGACACCUUGCAAAUCGCUGCCUCUGCGGCUGCGAGCAGAAGCCGAGAGGCUCGGGGAGCUCCUGCCCCCCUGCACGAAGCACGGCUCGCCAUCUGCCGCAGCCGGCAGCCAGCCCGCGGCACCCGCCGCUGCGUGCACGCGGUGGAAGCCCCCGUGUCGCUCCCUCCCCCCCAUUUUCUCCCCGUCCUCCCCCCCUCAGUCUGGCACAGACCCACGCACACCCCACGGGCGACCUGCCGGAGAAGCUGCUGGUGGGUGCUGUCAGCUGUCGGGCUUUAAUUUUAGCAGUGUUUGGGAAGGUUUGAAGCCUUGCAGAGUGGCGGUGACGGAUGGCCGGGUGGUGUGCGGUGGCCAAGGGGUCCAUGGGAGGGCAGACAGGGGGUCUCCAGGCCCCAGGAGGAUCUGCACGGUGCCCCAGGAGCAUGCUUGGAUGGGGGUUAGAAGGUGUUAGCAAAUCUUGGGCAUGCACAUCAAGAGGAGCUGGGAGUAUCCUGGAAAGCAAUUCAGCGUUUUUUUUUCUGGUGACAAAUUUUCCAUGAGCCCUUUCCUUCCCACCCUGCUCCUCGCUGGCUGUGCUGGCUGCUUAGUGCUCAGCGUGCUGGAGGGAUCCCACCGCUGCCCUCCCGACACCAGCCCUCAUCGCCCAGCCCUGUGCCUGGAGCUAUGUGCAGGCUUUCCCUGGACCAGGACACCCCCAUUAAGCCCCCCCCAUCCCUGCUGGAGCCGCUCCUUCUUCAGCCUGAACCUGACCUGGGUCUUUUCUGCUGUUUUCUGAGCACGAGUUCUCAUCUCAUUCAGGUGUGUCAUUCAGUGGAAAUAUUUUGUAAAUGCAAACAAAAA